AUGGAGACCAUUCCUGAGGUCGAGGUCGUGGCUGGCAACGGCGACGAGCAAGAAGAUGAGUCUGAGGUGCCCCUUGUACGGAAGAGGAGAGUUCCGGAGGCUGCCCGGAAUCCAGAUUUGGACCGAGCUCAAUCAGGGGCAGCAGCUGGCCCCUCCGUCCAAGGCGAGGAGAUGGCAGAGAGGGGAGGACCUGAUAUCCGUUCGAUGUUCCGAAGAGGGAAGGCACUCGAGGGUCCCCUCGUCAAGAGGCUUCGGCUUUCCUCUAAGAAAACACCGCCCUUGGCUGCAACCACCUCUCAAUCCCCAACCAAGGGGAAAAGCUCAAGCCUAGGAGCUUCUCCUGUUACCGGAGCUACCGCGAUAUUUCCUCGCCCUCCUCCUCCUCCUGCUCGAGAAUCGGUAGCAUCGGCGGUCUUGGCUCUCCACCGCAGCAUCUCUCGGGCCAGGUCCAAGAACGAGGAGAUCAAGGUCGAGCUGGCCGCAGCCCAAGCUACUCUCUAUGCAUCAGAGCAGAAUGAGCAGACUGCCAAGUCUGCCUUGGCAGCGGCCCAAGCAAGUGAGCGGGAGGCAAAGUCUGCCCUCACUACUGCCCAAGCAGCCGAGCAGAAAGCGAAAGUUGCCCUCGCCGCAGCUCAGGUAGACGAGCAGGAAGCGAGAGCUACUUCGACAGCUCUACAGGUCAAGCUUGAGGGGGCCAAGGCAAAGCUGUUGGAAGCCGAGGCAGUUGUCCGGGAGGAGAAGGAAGCAUUAGCAUUCUCCAUGGAGAGUAUGCUGUAUCAUUGUUGGGCCUUCAACCAAGACGGAAACUUCUCCUUCAUGGCCCCCGAUGCAUGGGGACACUACCUUGAGAAUUUCAAGGCUCGGCUACAAUCAGAGCUGCCAACGGGGACUGAGACCGGGGAGACCUCUGUUGCUGGCGAGCAGGAUGCUGAGGAGGUGACGUCCUCGGAGUGA